AUUUUAUAAUGCCAAGAAAAGGUUCAAAAACUGCAACCAAGAAAGCAAUUGAGAAAAAGUCAACAAAACGAGAUAGAACUCAAAAUCAGUUCGAGGGUAUUGCACUUAGGUCUAAACGUCUUAAUCAUGCGACCAAGACUGUUUCUUCACAAGAAACGUUGAGUACUGAUCCCGAAAAUAGCAGAACUCUAUCUGAAGAUAGCAUUAUUUCAAUACUUUCUGACCAAACUAAUUCUGAAAUUGGUGGCGCUUUAUCUGAAGUUAACAAAAGUUAUAGUCAACAAAAUUCUGAAAUUAGUAUCAAAGCAGUUAAUUCGAAACCAAAUAGUGAGGCUUCCAAUCAACAACAAACCCAUCACAUAACAGAUCCUAUUUCUUAUUCACAAACUUAUGAUAUUGACAUUGAAUCAAGUUCUCAUUUGCAUGAGGAACAGUUUACGGGCUUGACAAAUACAUUCUUAACUACAACUAACCGACCAUCUACUUCAU